GGGAGCUGAGAAUUACCAGUGUCAGGAUAAUGGAGCUGUCAGCACCGCGAUACACAAUCGCUGAGCUGUGCCGUGCGGACCGCGAUGGUAUUAGACGCACCCCACCUGUGGCAGGGUCACCAGCGGUCCCCUGGCAAACGAAAUGGACUCAGAAGUUCAGGAACAAAUCCCGGUGCAAGAGGAACUCUUUCUCUGCAGUGGAGUUGAGGCACAGGUUAUAAAAUGUGGGCCCUGGACUAACCUUUUUGAUGAACAAGGUGUCAACAGGCCAAAAGUGCUUAUCCUCAUUAUUCCAGGUAACCCAGGCUUUUCCCCUGUUUAUGUGCCAUUUAUGAAGGCCCUGUACUGUAUGAUGAACAACCGCGUCCCAGUAUGGGUAGUCUCUCAUGCUGGGUUUUAUUCAGCUCCUAAAGACCAGAAGACUCUUACGGCACCAGAGGAGUCAAACGCUCAAGACAUCAAGGACAUCUGUGGUCUGAAUGGUCAAAUAGAACACAAAAUAGCUUUUCUGAGAGCUCAUGUGCCAAAGGACAUGAAGAUUAUACUCAUUGCCCAUUCCAUAGGCUGCUAUAUUUCUCUCCAUGUCAUGAAGCGUGUCCCCGAGAUACCCAUCAUCCACGCCUUUCUGCUGUUUCCAACUAUUGAGCGGAUGGCUGAGAGUCCCCACGGCAGGAUUGCCACCCCACUCUUGUGCUGGUUUCGGUACAUGCUCUACGCUACCAGCUACUUACUGCUUAAGCCGUGCCCUGAAAUAAUAAAGUCUUUCCUAACCGAGCAAGUGAUGGGGAAAAUGGGCUUCCAGGAUAAAAUUCCUAUGAAGAACUGUAUUCAACCAUACUGCUUCGCUAAUGCUGCCUACCUUGGGAGCCAAGAAAUGAUCCAGGUGGUGGAGAGAGAUAAUGAAAUCAUAAAGGAACACUUACAUAAGCUGACGUUUUACUACGGUCAGAAAGAUAACUGGUGUCCAGUAAGGUUCUAUGAAGACAUGAAGAAAGAUUUCCCAGAAGGCAACAUCCAACUCUGUAAGAAAGGAAUACCACAUGCUUUCGUUCUUCGUUGUAGCCAGGAGAUGGCUACCAUAGUUGCCAACUGGAUAAAUAACAUACUGCCCAAAAUAUAAAUACUGACCCAGGACAGAAGCAUCUACAGCCAGCACAUGGAAGCCGUAGAUGUGCUCUGCCUCGCGGGGGAUCAUUUAAUCUUUAUGCUUGAAAAGGAAAAGCGAGGCUCUCUUGCCUUAUCGACUGCCAACUCCCUCUGUGCUAAGACUAAAAUUACCCCAGCUGAUGACCCAUUCUAUGUGUUCCCUGACUCGGGGAACCCGGUGAUUUCUGUAAAGAUUCCUCUUUCUACAAGAAGCCCAACAGCACUGUGCAGUGUAGUUUGGCCAAUCAGAUCCUUAUAAGC